AGUGCUCACUCAUUGCCUGAAGACAUUGGCGGGCUCCCGAGAAGUUACUCAGCGUGUCGUUACUAUGAGCGAGAGCAUUAAAGUUGUCUGCCGUGUAAGACCACUUAAUGAGCAAGAGAAAGCAAAUGACAGCAAGUUCGUGGUGUCAUUCCCCGGUGAUGGAAACACAACUGUAUCUCUUGGGGGUAAAAACUAUAGCUUCGAUCAUGUAGUUCAGCCGAAGGCAUCUCAGUUAGAGGUGUAUCAAGUUGUGGCCAAGCCCAUUGUUGCAGAUGUGCUGAACGGAUAUAAUGGGACAAUAUUCGCCUAUGGUCAAACUUCGAGUGGAAAGACUUUUACUAUGGAGGGUAUUUUAGGUGACCCAGUCUUUCAAGGUAUUAUCCCGCGGAUAGUUCAUGAUAUAUUCAACCAUAUACACCAAAUGGACGAAAACUUGGUGUUCCGUAUUAAGGUUUCUUACUUCGAAAUAUACAUGGAAGAAAUCCGUGAUCUGCUUGAUGUUUCGAAAACAAACCUACCGGUGCAUGAGGAUAAAGACCGAGUUCCUUGCGUGAAAGGUGUCACGGAAAAGUUUGUUUACACUCCAAAAGAGGUUUUCGAUGCAAUUCAUGAGGGGAAGGCUAACCGUCGUGUGGCCGUGACGGACAUGACCGAGCACAGUCUUCGAAGUCACUCAGUACUCCUAAUCAAUGUUCGACAAAAGAACUUGGAAACUCAAAAGAAACUAUAUGGGAAACUUUAUCUUGUUGAUUUGGCUGAUAGUGUGACAGUUGCGAAGACAGGCGCUGAGGGUACUGUAUUGGACGAAGCCAAAAAUAUUAACAAAUCGCUUUCUGCUCUUGGUAAUGUGAUCAAUGCGCUUGUGGAAGGAAGUUCUCAUGUUCCUUAUCGUGACUCUAAACUAACUCGCAUUCUUCAAGAAUCUCUUGGAGGUAAUGCACGAACAACUAUGGUGAUUUGUUGUUCUCCUGCUGGGUACAAUGAUGCCGAGACGAGGUCCACCCUAAUGUUCGGUAUGCGAGCUAAAACCAUCAAGAAUCUGGUAACGGUGAACGAAAAGCUUACGGCUGAUGGAUGGCGUAGAAGGUAUGAGCGAAAAAGAGAGGGAGGUAGGAAGUUGCGCAGUAUUUUUAGUGAUCUGAAGAGUGAAUUUAAAAGUUUGCAAGCCGCCUACACUGUCGGAGCUGGUUUGGCUUUGGCAAGGAAAGUUGGAGAUGAACAGUUAAAGUUGCUUUAUCAGCAACUUGACGACAAAUAUGAUGAAAUAAAUAAGCAAGUUCAGACAAUAGCUCGUCUUCGACAGCAAAUUGAAGAGCAAGACGUGGUGAACAAUUCUUUGCGUAUAGAUCGUGAGGGACAAUUAAAAGAAAUUACAACUCUUCAGUCUGCAAAUCGUUUGAAUGCACCGACAGCGGCUGAAAAAGCUGCAGGUAACCAGCAAGACGGCAAUAUGGCCAGUCAACAACAACAACAAAUCUUCGAAAGUAUAUUGUUAGAUGAUGAGGACGAUGAACCAGGUCAUGCUGGUUCACUGGCUCAAGGAGAGACUACCUCCUUCCCUGAAGAAGAACUAGACAAGUUGAGAAAAAACAAUGCCAGGCUACGUUUCGAACUUUUAAAAACGAAAGAACGUCUUAAGUAUACUCAGGUGCGUGAACAGCGCCUAUGGAAAUUGGCUGAGGAAGAAGAUUGGCUUUAUCGUAAACGUGAUUUAGAACGUAUUAAAUAGAUUCGGCGUCAACGCUAUAUCACUAGACGUCGCUGUCAAUCACAAAUCGCUAAACCUAUAUGUGCUGGACAUCCACCAGUGUCCUCUGCUGGCGGUGGUAGGACAACAGUGAACCAACCAAAUAUUCCGGAAUUGUCAUAAUCUCUUAGAUACGUGAUGAUUAUUUUUCUAUAUGUAUGUAUACUUUCCUUCAGAGUUUCACCUUGGUAGGCUAUUGAUGAAGAGCCCCUUAUGCUGCGUAUGAAUCGACUGCUAUCCCAAUUCACCCUGAUACUCAAGAAGCUAUAGCAGCUGGCUGUUAUGCAACACCUCAAUUCCAGUUCUCUGUCCUCAAGCUUCAGCAUUGUCUACAGGUGUGCAAACACUCUUACAAUGGUCUGCAACUCCAUUUACUCAAGCCGGUCCUACAACUGUUCAAUUACAACAGUUUACCCAAUCACCUCAACAACAACAGAUUCAAGCACAAGCUCAUCACUUACAACCAGCUCAACAGCCAACUUAUAUCCAACAACAUCAGCAACAAGCAACAAUGAUGGCAACUGACGUCCCUGUCAGUGGUCAACCUGAUACUGUAGCUGCACGCUCCUAUGCUACUCCCCAGUUUAUCAUUCUGGCACCAGGAGCUCCAUUAAAAGUCAUGACUGUUGGUCCUAACGGUCAGCUGAUUCAAACCACUGGUUUACCACAGUUUAUGCCAACUGCUCUUGUUGCAAUGGCUAUCAAUCAACCAACUUCUACUCUCCAACCUCAGCAAACAUCAAUUCAAGUUACUCCUCAACGCCGAGUAACAACACCCCAGCAACAGCAACAACAUGCUGACGGACGUUCACUUUCAACCGUAUCAGCAGCAGCAGCAGCUACUGCUGCACUCUUCUCUGGCACAGCCAUCUCUUCUUGUACAACCAGCUUUCAUGGAAAUAGAGGUAACUGAAUGUUUACCCAACUCAUUUCCAUACUACCUUAUUACUAUACUAUUAACUGUAUGUUAAGAUAUAAAUCUAUUCUGUAACUCUUUACAAUAACAACCCCAUUAUUAUUCUAAUAAUUUUUCUGCUUUUAUUGUUACAUGUUGCACAACUUUCUAAACAUUUUAGUUCGUUUCAAAGUUGUUAACAUUAUCGAAUAUAUACAGUUAUAAUCGAACCUCAGAAAACUAAAAAGCCUCAAUUCGGUUUUCAUAUUUUUUUUGUUCUUGUAAUUUACAAUAUCAUUCCGAAUACAGGUAAACUUCAUUUACCUGCAUUCUACGGAGGGGC